UUCGCGCGCGUGCAAAACGCAGUCGACGGCGCCAUCGUCGACGAGAAGGACGCGAUCGACAGUAGUGAGUACUCUGUGCGGUUAGACGUCAGCGUGAAGCCGUUCCCGUGGCUCGGGUACGACUAUAACCUCGGCGGGAUCAUCGCCGCGGCGGUCUUCUCCAUCAUCGGCGCGCUCGCGUUCAUGUCCAACGUCGUCAUCAUCAUGAAGUCCGUCGUCGUGGAGAAGGAGCUGCGUCUGCGGGAGGGAAUGCAGAUGAUGGGAAUGAGCACGAACACGUACUGGCUCUCGUGGUUCUUCACGCACCUCGUCACGGCGAUGUGCACGGUCGUACUCAUCUGCCUCAUCGGGAUGUACCCGUUCGAGUACACGAACCCGUUCUUACAGUUCGUCUUCUACACGCUGUGGGUGAUAUCCAUCAUCCUGUGGAACUACAUGCUCUCCACGGUGUUCAGCCGAAGCAUCACCGCGUCCGUCGUCGGAUGCUUCGUCUACGUCAUCUCCAUGGCGCCCGCCAUCGCGGUUCGAAUCACGCACGAGAACGGCAGCACCGGGUGGAUCGCGAGCUGUCUUCUCCCGGGCGGGACGAUCAACAUGUGGGGGCACGUGCUGGCGGUUCUCGAGCUCGCGAAGGAGGGCGUGACGUUCGACACGCUCGCGGAGUCGGUGUCUAGGGACGUGAACUUUUCCGCGGGGACGGUGAUCGGCAUGACCGCGCUCGACUGCGUGAUUUACGCGUUCAUGACGUGGUACCUCGACAAGGUCUGGCCGACGGAGUUUGGGCAGCGGCUGGAGCCGUGGUUUCUGUUCACGCGCGCGUACUGGCGCGGCGAGAAGGACGACGCCGCGUCGGACGAUCAGAAGGAGAUUGACGUGGCGGCGUUGGAAAAAGCCGAGGAGGGCGUCACGUUUGAGAAGCUGACGCCGGAGCAGACCGCGCGCGCGCCGGUUCGCAUCCGGGGGUUGCGGAAGACGUUCAAGAACGGCGUGACCGCGGUGGACGACCUCACCGUGACGUUCGCGCCGAGUCAAGUCUCCGGUCUGCUCGGGCACAACGGCGCGGGGAAGACGACGACGAUCAGCAUUCUGACGGGCAUGCUCAACGCGAGCGGCGGCGACGCGAAGAUAAACGGCCGAUCGAUCAAGACCGACAUGCCGACGAUCCGAGCGUCGCUCGGGAUUUGCCCGCAGUUCGACGUCCUGUGGCCGACGCUCACGGUGAAGGAGCACCUGGAGCUGUACGCCGCGUUCGGGGGGAUGCCGAAGAAGAUGAUCGGCCGCGAGGUGAUAGCCGCCGUGAACGAAGUCGCGCUCUCCGAGAAGCUCGCGUAUAAGACGGGGCUUCUGUCCGGGGGGCAACGCAGGAAACUCUCGCUCGCGAUCGCGUUCAUCGGCCGCCCGAAGGUUGUCUUCCUCGACGAGCCGACGUCCGGGAUGGACCCGUACUCGCGCAGGUUCACGUGGGACGUCAUCCGACGUCGCGCGGCGAAGUCGUCGAUACUUCUCACGACGCACUUUCUCGACGAGGCGGAUUUGCUCUGCGACCGCGUCGCGAUCAUGUCCGCGGGGAAGCUCGCGUGCGUCGGCUCGCCCGUGUUCCUCAAGAACCGAUACGGAACAGGGUACCACCUGACGCUGGCGCGGUCGGAGGGGAACGCGGGGGGUAACGGCGACGCCGCGAGCGUUUUAUCGCUCGUCGCGAAGCACGUCCCCGCGGGCGCCGUCGCCUCCGACGUCGGCGCGGAGCUCAGCUUCACGCUCCCGACCGACCAAACGCGCGCGUUCCCGGAGCUGUUCAAGGAACUGGACGCGAAUCUCCAGAGGCUUGGGUUCAGCAGCUACGGGAUCUCGUGCACGACGCUCGAGGAGGUGUUCUUCACGUUCAUCACGUCGCUCUUCGUCGUCAUGGGCGCGGCGGUGUUGACGUCCUCGCUCGUCGUCUUCCCCGUGUACGAGCGCCGCAACAACUCCAAGCACCUGCAGAUGGUCUCCGGGGUGAACAAGAUGGCGUACUGGCACUGCCACUGGCUCGCGGACCUCGCGCAGAUGGCGGCGCCCGUCGCCGCCGUCGUGUGCCUCUUCGCCGCGUUUAACAUCGCGCAGUACCGAGGGCAGCUCGAGGCGAUCUCCGUCUUGCUAAUCUCGUUCAUCGCGUCCAGCAUCGGGUACACGCACCUGCUCGGGUUUUACUUCAGCAACGAGUUCUACGCGUUCGUGGGCACGGUCGGCGUUAAGUUGUUCCUCGGCGUCAUCACGACCGCCGCGGGGAUGGUCGUCGAGGUGCGUUCUAUACACUGGUCCCCAUACGACCCCGUUCGCGUGUACGUGUUGCCCAUGAUCAUCCCGCACUACUCGCUCGGGAAAGGGCUGUACGACAUCGGUCAAAACAAGCUGAACGAGGAGCGGUACACGUACGACGCGAGCACGAAGAAGCUGACGCGCGCGAACACGUAUCACUACAUGAACGACGACGUCAUCGGCGACGACGUGUCGUUUCUCCUCGGCACCGCGGCGAUGUGGUUCGCGCUCGUGCUCGCCGUCGAGCUCAGCGAAGGCCGGACGCGGACGCGGUUCGUGUACGUCGUGACUUUCGCGUGGCUGCGCGAGUGGCUGCGCGUCGGCGUCGCGGGCGGAGGCGCGCGGCGCGUCGAGGAGCCGCCCGAGGACGAGGACGUCGCCGCGGAACGACGGCGGGUGGAAACGCUCGCGGAGCGCGCGUUUUUGAACGUGUCCCCGGGAGAGUCUUCUUCGCUCGACGGCGUGAUCCUCCACGACCUCUCCAAAACCUUCGGCGCGAAGAAGGCGGUGCGCGAGCUGUCCGUGGGUAUGGCGCGGGGGCAGUGCUUCGGGCUCCUCGGCAUCAACGGCGCCGGGAAGACGUCGACGUUUCGGAUGAUCACCGGCGAGUUCGCGCCGACGAAGGGCGACACGAACGUCCUCAUCAACAACCGCGGCGUGAAGGAGUACGUCUCUAUUCACCGCGACCUGACAAGGGCGCGGUCGCUCAUGGGGUACUGCCCGCAGUUCGACGGGCUGCAGCCGAACAUGACCGCGCGCGAGCUGCUGACGUUUUACGCGCAGAUACGAGGCAUGCCGCGCGAGGACGUCGACGGCGUCGUCAAGGCGCUGCUCGAGAAGAUGUCGCUGACGAAAUACGCGGACCGACAGUCCGGGACGUACUCCGGAGGCAACAAGAGGAAGCUCUCCGUCGCGAUCGCGCUCGUGGGCGAGCCGUCCGUGGUGCUUCUCGACGAGCCGUCCACGGGGAUGGACCCCGAGGCGCGUCGGUUUCUGUGGGACGUCAUAAGCGACAGCACGCACGGCCGGACCAUCGUGUUGACGUCUCACAGCAUGGAGGAGUGCGAGGCGCGUUCUAUCUCACACUGGUCCCCAUACGACCGCGCGCUGUGCAACAAGAUCGGCAUCAUGGUCGGCGGGAAGUUCUCGUGCCUCGGUUCCUUGCAGCACCUGAAGAACCGGUUCAGCGAGGGGUACACGCUAGAGCUGCGGUUCGAGCCCGGGCGGGGGCGCGAGGUUAUGGACGCGCUCGCGGCGCGGGGCGUCGCCGCGGAGGUGGUGGAGUCGCACGCGUCCGAGCUGACGCUGAAGGUGCGAGAGGAGGACGCGAGGCUGUGGCAGAUUUUCGACGCGGUGGAGGGGAUGCGCGCGCGGGGCCCGGGGGGGCAGAAGAGCGGCGAGAUCGCGGUGGACGUCCCGAUCGAUCUCGGGCGGCGGCGGCGGCCCGCCGCCGCGCAGCCGCCGCAGCCGCCGGACUCGGACUCGGACUCGGACGGCUCGGACGCGCCGCCGCCGCCGCCGCCGCCGCCGCCGAGCGCGCUGAGCGCCAUCGGCGGCGGCGGCGGCCUCGUGGACGACUACUCCGUGUCUCAGACGACGUUGGAGCAGGUCUUCGUGCGGUUCGCGUCCGCGCAGGACGAAGAGAGAGGCGCCGCGCCGGGGUUGUCGACGGGGCGGGAGGCGGGGGGCGCGGAGCUUCCCCCGGCGCCGCCGCCGCAGGGGUCGCGGGCGUACUACGCGCGGCAGGGCGGCGGCGGGUGAUUUGAUUCUAGCGCGCGCGCGGAGGUCGACGGGUCAUCGACGACGGGUUCAGACUUCGAGAGGGAGCGCUCGUUCUCGACGUUUACUGUACGCCUUUACUCGUAAUGUGAUUGGACUUGUAACAACAUCGAUUCGAUUCUU